AUGCCUGCAAAGAAGAACAAGAAGCUUCUCGAGCUGGGACUCAAGAAGUUUCUCGACGGUUCUCCCAUAGCCUCGGCCGCUGAAAUUGCGGACGCUGGUCCACGAACUAUCUACCGCGCAAAAGAACGUGUCCGCAAGUACGGCGCAGUGUAUGCGCCUAAGCCUGAGAACGAGGGUCGCCCGCGGGAGCUGGAUCCGCAUAUGAUGGAGUGGCUGUUGAUGCUCCUCGAGGGAAAGCCAGAUAUGUACCUUGAUGAGAUGCGCGAUGAGCUCGAGGACGUCUACGACCGCAAGUUCAGUCUCCCCACAAUCUCACGGCGCCUCAAAGAAGCCAAGUGGUCCAAACCCGUAGCCGUCAAAGAGGCACGGCAGCGGAACUCUGUGGCGCGCGACAACCAUCAGGAGCAGAUGCGCCAGUUCCGCCGUUCGCAGCUGGUUUUUGUGGACGAGAGUGGGGCGAACGAGAAGGUUGGUGACCGUAAGAGGAUCUGGGGCUAUCGUGACUUUCCGCCAAAGCAUUCCAGCAACACCGAGGCCAAUAGCAGUGGUGCUUCUGGCGUGAAUGGGGGACAUCGUGAGCGCGAAUCGCCUCCUACACUAGGGUACCCCAUUUCACCGCCGCGUGAGAAUACUAACCCGGGGCCAUCUAACCAGAGUUUUACCAAAGAGGCCCCGGCAGGACCGGCGCUUACCCAUAAGGAGGGAAGGAGACAUGAGAGAUACUCGAUCCUCCCGGCGUUCACUAUUAAUGGUUUCUUGUGCCAUGACAUAGUGGAAUCAACGCCUGCUCCCCCGUGGGACACCGAAAGCUUUUAUAUCUUCCUGCGAGACACUCUUCUACCUCUAUGCAACCCUUUCCCGGGAGAAAACAGCUGGAGGCUGCGGGGUGCAAACUCAUCUACCUGCCACCGUGCUCACCUGACCUGA